AGUGCCUAUUUGGUGCGGGUGCGAGCACAGGUCAUGUGCCGCGACGAGGGCACCGGGGGCUGGGUGGCGCUUGGCGGCGGCGGGCUCGCUGAUGUCAUGGUCGGGAAGCGAGCCCGCACCCAUAGGGCCUCAGCUGGGGGCGAGAGUAACGGUGAGAUGGCAGUGCCCGGUACAUCGACAUCCACAGUAGUCGCGGCGAUCGCACCUACGCACGAAUACUUUAUACAUGGGAAGCGCAUCAGUGAUGGCUUGGAAGUCCUAGAAUGCACUAUAAAGAAAGACUUCCAGUAUAACAAGGUGAUGCCCACGUUCCACCACUGGGUGACGGACGAGAAGCGCUUCGGUUUGACCUUCCAGACUGCUGCUGAUGCCAGGGCCUUCGACAAGGGCGUGAGGACUGCUAUCGAAGAACUGCUCGACGGUUUGGGUGGCGCCUGGCCUUCACUUCAUGCGUAUAAAAAACACAACCCAGCGCCGAAAGAAGAGGAUGAGGAAUCCAAUAUCUUCGAGUGCCUGAACCUGCCGUGCUCGUCCCGCUCGAGCUCGGAGACGUCGUCCGCGUCGCGGCGCGCGCGCCCGCCCGACGACAUCACGCAGACUCCCAUCCUGUCCGCCAUCACGCUGCCCAGGCACCCGCUCGCAGACUCGCUGACGCAGUACGAGACUCAGUUCGACGAAACCGUGCACGCGGUGGAAGAACCGGAAAUCGAACGGUGUCCCUACGUACAUCUGUCUGCUGUCCACGAGUACACGUACCCGGCAGUGAGCGCGGCCGCCUCGGAGAUGUCGUCGCCCAACACCAAGCCGCCGCUACUCAAGCGGGACUCCGGGUCGAUGAAGAAGGGCGGCAGUGGAGGUUACAGCAGUGGUCCCCCGCCAUUGCCGGACAAGAAGCCCGCGGAGGCUACAUUCCAGGCGCGGAUUAAGUGCAGACACUGCCACGAGUGGUACCUGGAGAGCGCCAACCGCGCGGGCGCGUGUGAGUUCGCCCCCGACUGUUUCCGCUCGUGCAUCGACUGUGUCUCCUGCAUCAAGUGCGCACAGUGCAUGUUGUACCACUGUAUGGCGGACGCGGAGGGAGACUUCGCGCUACAUCCAUGCGCCUGCGCACCGCCUGAUGAGGCCUGCGCUAAGCGGUGGAUGGGCGUGAGCCUGCUGAGCGUGUUGGUGCCGUGCCUGUGGUGCUACCCGCCGCUGCGCUGCGUGCACGCCGCCGCCCGCCUCGCGCGCUCCGCCGGCGGCAUGCACGCGCCCACACCGCGCGCGCCCCGCCCCGCGCCCGCCUAG